AUGUCUCGACUGAUAGACCAACUCGCCCACCAUGAUGAACCCGAGGACGAACCCACGACCCAAGAGCUCCCAAAAAUCCGGCUAGAACCCAAGACUCCCAUGCGGAGGAGAGAGCUUGUACCAAGGUCUACCGUGCAAACAUCUACACGCAGAGUUCGUCGCCUGGAUGGCGAGAAGCUCGCUGCCGCCAACCCUCUUUUCCAGCCUUGGACCACAGAGAGCUCUAAGAAGGUUCUGGACUUCUCCAGGAAUCUAUCACCUCGUAAGGCUGAGCUGAAGAUGAGAAACCCGCUUAUGGGAGACGCUGUCUUAGCCAACCGAAGACAGACACGACAAGCCGCCAACACCACACUCCUCGGCUCCACGAUGCUUCACUCCACGGUCUCGGACCAUGAUUCAGCCUCAACAUCGUUCUCAGAGGUUGACAUGGGUGAUGUUACCCUGCCUGCAAGCCUCCAGCUUGCAAGCCACCCCACUGAGUUGUCCCAGCGCAUGGCUCGAUUGAAUAAGGAUAACUGUGUCACUAUACUCGAGGAUAGCAUUUCUCUCGACAGCGCUGGGCUCGAGGACGACGGGCAAACUAUUAAGGCCGGACUCAGUCGCAGCAGCGAGACCAUAAUUACCGAAAGCAUUUCCCUACCACUCUCACCCCAGGAUGCCAAUGUUCAACACCAUGUUGAUAUACUCCGUCCACAAUUCUCCCAAAUGAGCGUCCCAGCGAUGGACAGCGCUGAGAAAGAGAACACCGAUGUAAUCGAUAUCCCAGUCGUCAAUGAAGACAGAUUAGUCGAGCAGCUGGCAGAUGAACAACUCUGGGGCAAUGAAUCCAGCAACGAUAGCGAGACUCCGGGUUUCGGCAUUACACUCUCGCGACAGCCCUUGACAUCUCCCCGAAAAGCACGCGGUGUCCCACAACCUCCCCACACGCCUACAAGAGAUGAAUUCUGGAGACAGAGUCUUGUUGAUUGCUGGAAUGAUGAGCAUAGCCCUCGGAAAGCUCUGAAAGCAGCUAUACGAUCUCCAUUUAAGCAAGCUGGCCCUACUAAAGCCAACAAAAUGUCAUUCGAAGCUGCCAAGUCCACACUCGCUGUUCAGUUUCUCAAGGAGCUGGACCACCAAGUCACGGACGGAAAAAUUACUCAGCUAUCUGAAUCAACAGGAGGGGUCAAGAUCGAAUGGUCGAAAACUCUCAACACAACGGCUGGACGAGCAAACUGGAAAAAGGAGACCGUCCGGACUGCUCCAUCAGAUGGGACUGACGCUAUCGUUACCUAUAAUCACUAUGCAUCUAUCGAGUUGGCUGAAAAGGUGAUCGAUGACGAGAGCAGGCUUCUGAACGUGCUGGCCCACGAAUUCUGCCAUCUUGCCAAUUUCAUGAUCAGUGGUAUCACAAACAACCCGCAUGGCAAAGGAUUCAAGCAUUGGGCUGCAAAGUGUUCACGAGCGUUUUCCAGUCGUGGAAUCAAAGUCACGACGAAGCACAGCUAUGAAAUCGACUUCAAGUAUGUAUGGCAAUGCGGCGGUUGCUCAUGCAACUACAAACGGCAUUCGAAGAGUAUCAACCCCGAAAAACAUCGAUGCAGCGGGUGUCACGGCAAGCUGGUGCAAAUCAAGCCGGUCCCCAGAAAUGGUGGAAACCCCAACGAAUACCAACUCUUUAUCAAAAAUGAGAUGAAGACCUUGAGGCAAGAGAACCCAGGUAGCCCCCAGAAAGUCAUUUUGCAAAAGGCUGCAGAAAAGUGGGUGAAGAGAUCAAAGUUGUCGGGAUCGCAACCCGCGCAAGAAGUCGGCGAUAUUGUCGCUCAGCUACAUGGUCUUAGCUUGAGGGAGUGA